AUGAAGAAAAAAAUCGCAUACUUCUACGAUCAGGAAGUUGGUAAUUUUUACUACGGACAGGGACAUCCGAUGAAACCGCAUCGAAUGCGAAUGACACACAACCUGCUGUUGCAUUAUGACAUGUACAAGGACAUGGAAGUGUUUCAGCCUACACCUGCUCAGGCUGAGGAUAUGACGCAGUUUCAUAGCGACGACUACAUCGAUUUUUUACGCCUUGUUACUCCUGACAAUCAGCAUGAACACAUGAGGCAGUUGAAGAGGUUCAACGUUGCAGAGGACUGUCCUGUCUUUGAUGGCCUUUUCAGGUUUUGCCAACUGUAUACCGGCGGUUCAGUUGGUGGUGCGGUUCGACUAAACCAUGGCCUGUCUGAUACCGUCAUUAACUGGUCGGGUGGAUUACACCACGCAAAGAAGAGCGAGGCAAGUGGAUUUUGCUACGUAAAUGACAUCGUGCUUGCGAUACUUGAACUGUUGAAAGAACACCAACGUGUGCUGUAUAUCGACAUAGAUAUCCAUCACGGUGAUGGUGUUGAAGAAGCAUUCUAUACAACAGAUAGGGUCAUGACCGUAUCAUUCCACAAGUUUGGCGAGUAUUUUCCAGGCACAGGGCACUUGCAGGAUGUUGGACAACACGCUGGGAAAUAUUACAGCAUGAACGUACCCCUGAAAGAUGGAAUAGAUGACGAAAGUUAUGAGUUGCUUUACAAACCGUUGAUGUCGAAGGUCAUGGAAGUAUAUCAGCCGGACGCAAUCGUGUUUCAGUCUGGAGCAGACUCACUUUCUGGCGAUCGCUUGGGUUGCUUCAAUCUUUCGAUAAAAGGUCACGCGGAGUGUCUAAAGUACAUGACGUCUUUCAACGUACCUCUGCUUGUGCUUGGAGGUGGCGGAUACACUAUUCGUAACGUAGCCAGAUGCUGGGCAUACGAAACUGGAUGUCUACUCGAGCGAGAUCUGGCGGACUGCAUGCCACAGAACGACUAUUCUGAAUAUUUCGGCCCCACACACACGCUACAUAUCCAGACUAGCAACAUGGAGAAUCAAAACACACAUGAAUAUCUAGAGGGAGUUCGUGCACAUCUUUUAGAAAACUUGUCGAAAAUGAUGUGCCGUCCAAGUGUACCAUUCCAUCAGGCACCCAGUUCCAUUCUGGGAACGGAAGUUAUCAGUUUAGACAACGAGCGCGAGAAGGAUGAUGAAACAUGCUCAUUACAGCACGAAAUAGAAGGAGAUUAUGAGACUGAGACACACUCAGCUUCGCAUCGACCACAGAUGCUACAUGCAGGCGAGACUGCGACUAACUCUAAACUUGAACAGGACACUGUCUCAUCUCUUAAGAGUGCGCACGCACCGACCAUGACCAUGUUUCCGAGCGUCCCAUAA